AUCAAAAUGGACUUCUUUGAACUGCUGGCUAACCACCACCUGGACAGUCAGUCUCGCUGGAGCAAAGUGAAGGACAAAGUGGAGACUGACCCCCGCUACAAAGCGGUGGAUAGCUCCUCUCAGAGGGAAGACCUGUUCAAACAGUACAUAGAGAAAAUAGCCAAGAAUUUAGAUUCUGAAAAAGAAAAGGAGCUGGAAAGACAAGCUCGCAUCGAGGCCAGCCUGCGGGAGCGGGAGCGGGAGGUGCAGAAGGCUCGCUCGGAGCAGACCAAGGAGAUCGACAGGGAGCGCGAGCAGCACAAGCGGGAGGAGGCCAUACAGAACUUCAAGGCACUGCUCUCUGACAUGGUGCGUUCUUCCGACGUGUCCUGGUCUGAUACCAGGAGGACUCUACGCAAAGAUCACCGGUGGGAGUCUGGCUCCUUGCUAGAGAGAGAAGAGAAAGAGAAGCUCUUUAAUGAGCACAUUGAAGCACUUACCAAAAAGAAGAGGGAACACUUUAGGCAACUUUUGGAUGAAACUUCAGCGAUAACUUUAACAUCAACGUGGAAAGAAGUGAAAAAAAUCAUUAAAGAAGACCCGAGGUGCAUUAAAUUUUCCUCGAGUGACAGGAAGAAACAAAGGGAGUUUGAGGAGUACAUUAGAGACAAAUACAUUACUGCCAAAGCCGACUUCCGGACCCUGCUGAAAGAGACCAAAUUCAUAACCUACAGAUCCAAAAAGCUGAUCCAGGAGUCAGAUCAGCACCUGAAAGACGUGGAGAAGAUCCUGCAGAACGACAAGCGGUACCUGGUGCUGGACUGCGUGCCGGAGGAGCGGCGCAAGCUCAUCGUGUCCUACGUGGACGACCUGGACCGCCGGGGCCCGCCCCCACCCCCCACGGCCUCCGAGCCCACCAGGAGGACGACGAAGUAGUUAGAAAAUACUCUUCACCCGAGAGUAUCUGUUCAAUCAAACGCUUGCAUGAGCCAUCUGUCAGGUUUAUACAUACACAUUACCGUGAAUAUAUUGCAAAACCAUCUGAGGAGCAGAGGAAGAAGCAGCAUUUGUGAACAUAAAAUGGUCUCGG